AUGGAGGACCACCUCGACACUUGGCUAGACAGUAAACCCUGGCGCUACUCCAACAACUUCCAGUGGCUUCCAUGUGACGUAGCCUUUUCGGACCGGCGAGGGGAGGGAGACGAGUCCGGCGUCGAGAUUACGAGCUACAUAAACAACCUACACCCCACGCGCAACCGCGAUCUCUACGCCCUCCUCUCCGAGAUUAUCGGCGCGCUCGUGCCGUGCUGGGAGGAGGUUCUCACCCCUGCUGUUCCGGGCUACUACGAGGCCUACUGGCUCCGGAUCGGCGACGGUCGCGUGCCUCCGCGCAUCCGGACAUUUGGCAUCCCCACGGCGCUGCUGCCCACACCCCCGGACGGCGUGUACUGGGACGACCGAGACAGCUUCUACAGCGAUCUUCUCGACCUAUCGGAGUGCUGGAGUCGGACAGACCCGGCCGUGAGGGAUAGCACUUUCAAGGACAUCCUCGCCCGCAUGGAAGCCGCCCCCAAAAGACAGUUUGAGGGCAUCGAGGGCAUCUACCAGCGUAUACACGAGGAGAUGAGACCGCACUUUCAGUACAUGGUACACCCGGAGCCGGGGACGCUGUUUUCCUACGAGGACUGGAAGGCCGGAAAAGGCACAGGCAGGGCGAUUGUGCCCCAGGUCGGACUACCCGCCCGGAUCCGGCGAUACGUGCCCCACGACGACGACCUCAACGAACUUACGCAAAAGUACCAGGACAAUCUCUCCUUGUACCCGAGUCUAGAGCACGCGCGCAAGGAGGUGGAUCUCCGGCGCUCCUUUGGCGACAAGGGCCUGCAGGUGUACGUCGAGAUCGAGCGCAUCGAGCUAGGUCCGGAUUCCGUCUCCAGGCUCGAGGCGGCGGACUGGACGCUCGAGGGCAAGUUCAACGAGCACAUCGCAGCCACCUCCAUCGUCUGCUUCUCCGCCGACAACGUGACGACGCCGUCGUACGCGUUUCGCGUGGUGGCUGAUUUUUCGCAGCAGUAUUUUCCCGCGUGGUACGAGACGAACCACGCCGCCCUCGCGGCCGCGUUCGAGGUCGGCACCCCCGACGACUCCAUCUGGAUGGUGCCCCAUCUCCAAGACGUGGGCUCCGUCACGGCCCCCGUCGGCCGGCCCUUGUCCUUCCCCAGCACGCUGCAGCACCGCCGCGGGCCUAUCGAGCUGCUCGAUCCGACGAAGCCCGGACACGUGCACCUCCUCAAGAUCCACCUAGCCGACCCGUGGUACAGGGUCGUGUCCACGAGCCGCGUGGCGCCGCAGCAGUUUGACUGGUGGCUCGAGGAUUGCUUCCCCGACGCCUUUCUCAAGAGCUGUGGGCUGCCCGCGGAGCUGAGGGAAGGGAUCAGGGCCGAGGUGGGAGGGGCACCGUUCCUGUCCAGGGAGGAGGCGGCGGAGUUUCGGGAUAGGAUGGAGAGGGAGCGGGCGAGGUUGAUGAUGGAGGUGAACCGGGCGAUUUACUACCGAAAUUUUGAUGAGCCGUAA